AUGGACACCACCGCGGACCCGUGGGACUCGGAACACCAGCUCAUUUCCUCGCUGGCGAAGCUGCAGGAGAUGGAGGCUACGAUCCACACCCUCCGCACCCUCCUCCCAGACCGAGUCUCAGGACCAGGAAGCUCAGGACCCAUCCCCGCAACCCCCCAAAUCCUCUACGCCCAACUAUCCGCGACGACCCGCGCCGGUGUCGCCGAAGUAAAAGCCUUCCAGGACCGGUGGCGCGGGCCGGAGCUCGCGGCGGUAUGGGAGCACGUGAAUCGGCGCAUUGCGGAGAAUGAGGGCGUGUUGGUGCAGACCACGGGCGUUUGGGAGAGGGAUUAUCGGGCUUUGGUGCCGGAUGGGCAGAUGCGGGGGGUGGGUUGGAUGGAGUUUUUGAAGAGGGGGAGGGAGGGCGUGAGGGUUAGGAUUAUUGAUGGUAAAGAUGGGAAUGGAGAAGCAGUCGUGGUGAGAUUAGUCAAGGCCGGGUUGGGAGUCAGGGUUUCUCUUUCUCUUUCUCCGGGGAUCUCUACAUCCAGUGCUCCAUCCGCCUCGACCUCCACCUCUACAACUAAUGGUUUUGGAUCUGCAUCUGCAUCUGCAUUUGGAUUCGAUGGCGACGGAACCAUCGGGAACGGGAAUAUCGACACCCACACCGACACAACCACAACCACAACCACCGACAUCGAAUGGCGGGUCGAAAGACUCGAAACCAGAGGCCUCCCCGAGACGAAACUCGAUGCCGCCGUCCUGAGAUCGCUGAAUCAGCGGGAGAGGAAGUGGGAUUUGGCAUUUUUGUUGGAAAUGAUCUCCUCCUACGCCAACAUCAAAACCACCCCGUGCGUGAAGUGCGGGAAGAUGAUGGAUUCCGCGGCGAGUUUGCCUACUGUGAGGAGGGUGAGGGAGGGUGAUGAGCCGGGUGGACUGCAGAGUGGACUGCAAGAGAUGGGGACAGGGUCGGGGACAGGGUCGGAGCUGGCUUGGGAGGCGGUUCAUGGGGGGUGUGUUUAG